UUGUAUUUUAGGAGUGCAACUUGGACUGAUAAUCGUGAUAUUGAGAGGCGCAUUUUCCAUUUAGCAAAAGAAUUCAACGUUCCUUUGUUUGAGAAGGAUCCAGUAGUUGAAAAAAGAAUCGAAAGUUUAUACAGAAACUUUAAAGUUUUCCUACGACACAAAAGUGAAUAUGAUAAAGAACAAAAAGGAUCGUCAGCAAUACCAGCGAAUUUUAAUGCUCAGCAUAAAGCGUCUUACACCAAACUUGUUGAACAGCUCUCAAACAUUGAUCAGCUUUUGAGUGAGCGUAAUUCUCGAUAUCUUUUGGGACAGAGCAUGACAGAAUACGAUUGUGAGCUCAUGCCACGUCUUCACCAUAUUCGAAUCGUUGGACAGCGUCUGCUUGGUUUCGACAUUCCGCUUAAUUUAACUUAUUUGUGGAAUUACGUACUCAGUGCUUACCGUACUGCUGCAUUCAUAGAAAGUUGUCCAGCUGAUCAGGAUAUUCUUCAUCAUUACAAAGAACAGUUGAAUUUGGUAACAAAUCAGCGCGAAUCUUUGCAAGUCCCGACUAAAACGCAUACAAUUCCAGAAAGUGUUUUGGAAGAUAUUCGUCGGCUCAAGUUGGAUGAGAACUAA